AUGAGCGCAGCAGUUUUGUCUCCAGCAAUUGAGGUGGGCAGUGUACGAGACAUGGAUCCGAUCACAGCGGUGGUUAUUGUUGCCGAUAAAAACAAAUGUCCUCGUGGUUUUCUACCAAUAACGAAGACUCACGAUGAUCUGUCGGAUGCAGAUUUAUGGAAAGAGAGUUCCUUCUCGUUCUUCAGUCGUCCUGUUCGUUACUUGGCUGUCAGUCGCGAUACUCCGUCGAAUGCGAUGAGUGUUCAAGUGGUAACUGAUUUGUGUGUUGUAAAAGACACAGAUCCGAUCCCAGUUGGUUUCAUCGCUAUCGAUUACACUGCUGAUUCAAAAGAGAAGUCACUGAGAAAGAAAUAUUUGUGUGUGCGAACGAUGGCUCGUGAUACAGUGGUGGAUGCUAUUGGUGAAAUAAUCGUCCUGAAUCGACAGAAAAAACCUCCUAAGAAUUUUUCGUCUGCAGGCGCUGGGGGUCUAUAUCCAAAAGUACAGCAGGAUGAUCAUCGUUCCACGCCCAACUUAGGUGGCUCAUCAUCUGCGGAACGCGACAUAGCACAUCGGAACUCCCUUACAAUUAAAUUGCCAUCCACACGUUACGGUGUUGACGACGUACCAUUCAAGCUGAACCCUUCAGUGCAGACUUAUCUGUCUCUCAGAAAGAUGGGUGCAUUACCAGCGCUGAAGGUUUGUGACCGAGCAAGAUUGGAUUCGCUGUUGGAUUAUUCGUUCAAUUUAGAACGUGCCACUCUUUCCAAUCCAUGA